AUGAAUGAAGACUACAGUGAUAUCUAUGAUACAAUCCAAAAGAGGAGCACAGAUGAGGCUCCAGACCCGCAGGAGGAAAGUGACGCUCCUUUGUAUGACAGAGUCCAUGAAGACUCUGAAAAUGAUCUGUAUGCCACCAGGCUAGAAAGCCACGAGUACGACUAUUUGUCACCGUAUGUCUUAAAAAGUGAUGAAGCCACCCCAGCCUCCCUGGAACCAGAAGCAGAUGGCUACCUCCUGCCGGAUGAGGUGUUUUCAGAGUCCCAGGAGCUUCUCCCAUGGGAACCUCAGGAGAAUGGAGGAGCAACGGAGGAAGCGGUGCCUUCCUCACAUUCACUAAGCCAGGACCCAGAGCCUCUCCUGUGGGAACCUCAGGAGAAUGGAAGAGCGGUUGAGGAAGCGGUGCCUUCCUCACUGAGCUUCAGAAUUCAGCACAGCAAGGUCCUUGCCACAAGCCAGGAUUCCCCUACCAGCCCUUCUGCUGCUACUGGGUUGGAAGAAAAAGGAGCAGCUUCCAGCGACCCUGAGAUCUUCCUGUUUGUGAAGGCUGGGAUCGAUGGGGAAAGCAUUGGCAACUGUCCUUUCUCCCAGCGUCUCUUCAUGAUCCUCUGGCUGAAAGGAGUCGUGUUCAAUGUCACCACUGUGGAUCUGAAAAGAAAGCCAGCCGAUCUACACAACCUGGCUCCUGGCACGCACCCACCCUUCCUGACCUUCAACGGGGACGUGAAGACAGAUGUCAACAAGAUUGAAGAAUUCCUGGAGGAGACCCUAACCCCUGAGAAGUACCCCAAACUGGCUGCAAAACACCGGGAAUCUAACACUGCGGGCAUCGACAUCUUCUCCAAGUUCUCAGCCUACAUCAAAAACACCAAACAGCAGAGCAAUGCUGCCCUCGAGAGAGGCUUGACAAAGGCGCUGAGGAAGCUGGAUGACUACCUGAACACCCCUCUGCCAGAGGAGAUUGACACCAACACCCAUGGGGAUGAGAAGGGGUCCCAGCGCAAGUUCCUGGAUGGGGACGAGCUGACCCUGGCCGACUGCAAUCUGCUGCCCAAGCUGCAUGUGGUCAAGAUUGUGGCUAAGAAGUACCGAAACUAUGACAUCCCAGCUGAGAUGACAGGCUUGUGGCGGUACCUCAAGAAUGCCUAUGCACGGGACGAGUUCACCAACACCUGUGCAGCUGACAGUGAGAUCGAGUUGGCCUAUGCAGAUGUCGCCAGGCGCCUCAGCCGAUCGUGAGCUUGGCUGUCCGGCCCAAUUUCUGCUGCAGAAGAAUUCGACUUCUCCCAAUGGCUUUCAGCUCUACAGACUCUCCUUCCUCAUUGCCUUGGGGAAACAUUUAAAAAAAAAAUUAGGCCACAUCUUACUGGCACCCUUGAACUCAACUCCAGCCUUCUACCUUCUAAGAUCAGUGCCAUCCUUCUGCCUUGCCCCGCAGGAGCCUGGCAAGCAGAGAGGACAUGGUGGCAGUUUUUUUUUUUUCCACCUGCUGGUCUGACCUAGGGUCAGUGUAUCUGGGGUCAGUUUGCAGAGCUCCCAUGGGAUUGUAACUGUUCCCUUCUGCCAAUAUCAUAAUGCUUUCUCAGAGGCACUAACAACUUGAAAUGCCAGCUUCUCCCUCCCCUCCUUCCUCAGCUACUGCAAGGUGAUGGACAAAUGUCACUACAUGAUCAUUAGGGAGAGAUCUAUGCCUUGAUUGGGGAGACAGUGGUUGGGGGGACUCAGGUGGGUGUGGCUCUGGAUAUCUAGCAAACCAGUUCCAGAUGCUCACUAUUUCUGACAGUGAGCCAGAACACCCCCAACACACAAUACACCCCAGUUUCCUGGUGCAAUAGGAUUACGUCCUGGCCAGCACUGACCCAAGUUUUCCUCCUGUCUCCAUUUUGCCACAAAGGCAGUCGACUUAUAACUCUAAACCAAGGUGACCCAGAUAAGAAGGGACUUCUGGGAAGCAAUAUUGAUGCCAAAAGGCCCACCGGGGUCUACAGCCACAGGGGUCACUGGCUGGAGAGUAGUUGUCCACUGGAGAUCACAUGAGUGUGUGUGUGUGUGUGUGUGUGUGUGUGUGUGUGUGUGUGUGUGUGUGUGUGACUGUGUUCUUCAGUGGGUGGCUUUGGGUUGGAGCAAGCGAUGAAAGUGGAGGGAUGGGAGGAAAUAAAGUUCUAUUUGAGUUUGACGUAGCCUAGAAAACUUUUAGAGCAGUCUUCUCUCUCAUUAUCUAAAUCUUGGACUGGUGUUAUGGCACCCCCUACCAACUCUAGGGCAGACUCCAACACCAGCCAGAAAUGUCUUCCAGGCCCUUCCUAGUCACUUGCAGGGGUGGGUUGGCACCUGCCUGUUCCCUGGCUCCCAGUUUCUUCAGCCUCAGCCUCUGAGGAAAGAAAGUCUAUUAAGGAAUGAUGUGAUUGUGGGCUACCUUAGGAAGAAAGCCCAUGGGUCUUUCUGACUGGGAAGCCACAACUUAAAUUUGGAAAUUAGGGACCGCCUUGGGUUCAUUUUCCCUCCAUCAGACUCAUCUGUCAGAUUUUCAAGAAAGAGAAAUCUUUUUUUUAAAAUUUUUUUUUAUAAACUAAUAUUUCUAUCUUUAGCAAUUCUCCUUGAGUUUUACCUACAGCUCUCACAGGGUGUGACCAUGGGAACCUAGGUUGAUUAGGAACUAUGGCAAAUCAGUCACUCAUUAGCUCUUCCUCUACCAGUGAGCUAGUGAGUGCCUAGAAGAAAUCCAUCCCCAGGACUUCAACUCCAACAACCCUGCUUCUGUGUCACUGAGAGUGGAGGCGAGGCUCCGGGGGGUUGGGGGGGUGGGGGACCGUAAAGCCCUGGUCUUGGCUCAUUGCUCGGGAGGGUGGGGCAGCACGGAUUCUUUCCAUAGAAAUAUCAACAUGGUUUAACCCAAGUAGUCACUGAGCCCUCCUGCCUCUAGGGAUCUCCAAAGCAAAGAGUGGCCAUUGAUCCAAGGAAGGAGGAAUCAGGAGGUCUCCCUAGCCCACUGGGGAAGAGGACUCUGCCUGCUAGAACAUUUUAUAAACCUGAAGGGGCUUUGAAGAGGCAAAAAUGAGUCGAUUCAUUUCCAUCGCUACAGGAACCUUUCCACAGGCUCUCCAUAACCUACCCCUGGGGAUGUUUAAAAGUGUAGCACUGCUGAAGGAACAGUACUUUUUUUUUUUUUUUUCUUCAGGGAAGAGCCCUCCAUGGGCCUCUUGGGGAAGGAGAACUUCCGGAACCAUCCAGAAGGCUGUUUAAUGAAAAGAAAACCACGCUGUUCUCAGGGAUCCUUCCUAGAAUUUACAAGCAGGCAGGGUGAACUCACGCAGCUCACACCCGUUUUCCACAGGUGGGCUGGCGUUAAAGAUGUGAAGACUAGCAUGCAUACUGAGGGGCUCCAGAGGAAGGGGAAGAAUUUUCCUCAGGUGAUGCUCUGAGCCCAGCAAUUGGCAAGUCUUUAAAAACAAACUUCCCAAGCCGAGUCGAUGUUGUUUCUAGACGGUCCUCCUAUGGUUGAGUUAGUUUCACAUAAAUCACAAUAUUUAGGCAAUGUUGGAUGCUAUGGGAUCAAUCAGAACCCCUUUAAAGAGAGGCAAGAUUAUAGACGGGAGGCUUUCCUAAGUGCUUUAAUGCAGAAGUAACUUUAAUGUUAUCAAAUAACUAUAAUGAGACCGACCAAUGUCUUAGGACACAAUUAUCAUGGUAUGUAAAAAAAAAAAA